UUUGAAUCAUAUCUGUUCUACACGGAGCCUUAUUUUUAUCCCUGCCAAGAGCACAGGUACAAAAAUAUGAUUUUAAAAUCGUCCAAACCGGUGUUUUACUCCAACAUUUGCUGCAGUUACAAAAGUCCUCGCAUGUUUGCAUAAUGUUUUACGUAAGGGAGGACGCGGGGUUACGUCAGCGUCAGGUUGACAAGCAUGAGGCGCAUACUCAGUACGAAUUUAUUCAGGUAUAUCGGUUUAUUUGGGAGAAAUCUUCCGUCUCACGCCUCUCGGACAGCGGGUCAGCAAAGCGUCUUUGCACCUCAUUUCUGCAGGAAAUCAACGACCGACGGCAGAAGCAUGGACCUGAGCAACAUGAGGAAGAAAUACAAAGGAGACGAGGAGUGCUUUGAAGAGAGUCAGCUUGUUUCUCUGGACCCAAUCAAGCAGUUUGGAAACUGGUUUGAUGAAGCCACAAAGUGCCCUGAAAUCGGAGAGGCCAACGCUAUGUGCAUCGCCACUUCCACCAAGGACGGACGCCCAUCAGCUCGUAUGGUCCUCCUGAAAGGUUACAGCAACGAAGGUUUCCGUUUCUUCACAAACUACGAGAGCAGAAAGGGUACGGAGCUGGAGAGUAAUCCAUAUGCAUGCCUGGUCUUCUACUGGGAACCCCUAAACAGACAGAUUCGCAUCGAGGGCUCUGUGGAGCGGAUCCCCUACGAGAGCUCCUGUGAAUAUUUCCACUCCCGACCGAAGAGCAGCCAGAUUGGGGCUGUCGUGAGUCGACAAAGCACUCCUGUUCCAAACAGAGAUUAUUUAAGGCAGAAAAAUGCAGAACUGGAGGAGAAGUACAAGGACACAGAGGUGCCCAUGCCUGACUACUGGGGCGGCUACAUCGUCAGGCCUUACUUGAUCGAGUUCUGGCAGGGUCAGACCAACAGACUUCACGACCGCAUCGUCUUCACCAAACCGAAGGACGGAGAGUCCGAGCUGGCAGAGUUUCAGCACGCUGCAGAGGGAGGCUGGGUGUACCAGAGACUGUCUCCAUGAGCUGUUCCUCACCAGGCUGUCAUACACAGGACAGGACAGAAACUUCAUCUAGAAUAUGACUUUAUCAUUAUUAAAAAAAAAAGAAAAACUUUACUUCACUUGAAGAAGCUGCUCAUCUGUACCGUAGGUACCGAUGUUGAUUAAACAGGUGCUGCUGUGUGUAGGUUUCAUCAACAAGCCAAACGUUACUGUGUUGUCUUUGAACCGUUUUCAGUGGCCGUACUGUACAACUUUACAUUUUACAUCCAUUAUGACAUGAAAAGGGGUGUGUGCUGUAUAGAAAGUGCACUGACUCACUCAGGAGAACAAACUCCACUGGGUUUUGUUAAAUAAUGAUUGACAGUAAUGUUGGUUAUUCAGCAGAGUUGUUGUCGACCUUUAGGACCAGGAAACUCUUAUGACUCAGUCUUAUUUUUCUCGAAGCACAGUCUGAACCACUGACUCUCCACCGACCAUCAGUUCUCCAUCACUGUUUACACAAUUUUAUUUGGUCCAUUUUCAGCUUUGGGAUAAUUGGUAACACUUUAUUUUAGGUUUUUUAAUUUCUUUACUUUCUCAUAAACUUUCCCAAGAAAGUUUAUAAGAAGCACAGUUUGUAAUUUUGUGUUAAUUAUAGGUAAGUUGAGAGUUUAUAAGCAGUUAACUUGAAAGAACUGAUCCUUUUAAAACAAAUGCAUACACUUAGUGGUCAUUUUAUUAGGCACACCUGUACAAUCCAGUACAACUGUUCUGCUGGAGUCUGAUUUCUGACUUGUAAAUUAAGGUGUGUCCAAACAGCCCUCACAGACUUAAAUUAGUAAUGAACUGAUUGUAACAGUCUGUGACAAUUGAUCUGCCUUUUAAUAAUGAGAUUAAAAGAGCUGAUGAUGUUAUUUGUGCCAAUUAUCAGGUGUUUAUGUGCGUCUUGUUCUACCUGAGAAUGGGAUUGUUGUUGUUUAUUGUUAACUGAUGAAGAAAAUGUUUUUUUGACUUGAAUUAACUGUGGAAUAU